AUGUUUUUAGAAAGUGAUAAUAGAUCAGCGUUGUUUUCAGAGGGUAGUGGUGUGCAUGGAGCAGAGUUAUUCUCUGAUUCACAUUCCAUGUUUAGUGGGGAAUUUAAUAGUAGACAGAGUGGGAUUAUGGUUUCUUGGGAAAAUUCUAGUAUUGUAACUGUUUCGAAUAUUUACUCAUCAAAUGAAGAGACUGUAGGUGAGGAGCAACAGCAUGAGGAAGGGACAAGAAUAAGUGAAAAGAAUUACAAACUUGUGAACUGGAACAAAUUGACGAGUCAGCAGUUGGUUCACAUAUUCUCCUUCCUCGUUGGUCGUGUGGAAUUGUGUAAGGAAGACGAAUUUUAUUGGAAUAUUGUGAAACAUCAUUUACAUGUGGAAUCUGAACAUGAUGCUCUUCUUGCCCUCUUUAAAUUAAUUCCACCAAAGGAAAGUGUAUUUCCACUCCAUCAUCUCAUUAGUGAAAUGAAUAAGAGAGGAAAGUUCCAGGAUUCUAAGUUUGAGGAAUUUUACAAGAUGGCCUACACCCAUUUUGAAAAGAUAUUACUCCUUCUAAGAUGUACAAACUUUACCAAUCUAGUUCUAGCCCAGGGCAGAAUUUCUUGGUUUGAAAGAGAGCAAUUGGCCAAUAUGCAACGAUUGAUUAUUUCGAGAGAAUUGGGUUAUUUACAACCUCUGAAAGUGGGAGAGACAGUCGAACAAUUCGAUGAUGAAGUUGAAUUGAUUGAUUCAGACAAUGAUCCUGCCCAAUCUAAUGACUACCUGGCAGAAUUGUUCAGAAGGCGAUUGUGCAGACUCAACUUGACAAAAUCAGAUGAGGAAUUUAUUUCUCAUCAAGAAAAUGGAUUCAUGGAUCUUGCAUUCCACAAAAUGAUGCAACUCAGUGAGAAAAUGUUCAGAGAUUUUGACAUGGACUGUAAAGAUUUGGCACUCCCUUAUAAUUUCAGAAACUCUCAUGUAAAAUUUGAAAUGGAUAUUUUCAAUACCAAUUCGAAAAAGUUAGGAUUUUGUAUGGAUUAUAAUAGCUCGUAUCAAUUUGAAGUAGAAGAUGAGGAAGAAGUUGAAGAAUUGGUCAGUAACCUAUCUCACUAUCAAGUAUUAGACAUUAGAGAUGUGACCCACUUUUCUACGUUUAUGAACUUUGAAAUCCCUAAAGAAAUUGAGUUUGUUAAUUUUUCAGGAUCCAUCCCUUAUAAUUAUGAUCUAGGACAGGUCUACUUCCCAAAUGUUAAAUUUUUGAGGAUAAAUAUUGAGAGCAAUCAAUCACAUACCAAUGAUCUUGGAGAUGAAUACUUUUUAGAUUUCGAAGAUAGUACCAGCAUGUUCUUGAAUGAGUUUUUGAAAAGAUUUCCAAACUUGAUCCAUCUCGUUAUUAGGGGAAUUGAGAAUAUAUCAUUUUUUGAAAAAUUGGAUGAACUAUUGAGUCAUCUCUGGGUUUUAGAAUUAAUGAUAGAUGAUGAGGACAGUUUUUGGGGAAAACCAGAUUCUAUUGAAUGUUUGGAGAGAAUUACUGACAAGGCCAAGAAUCUCAAACAGCUCUUUUUGAAUGUCAAUUUGGAUGUUAGAAGACCUCUAGCUGUUGACUAUGAAAAGCUUAAAUUAUACUAUAGUUUGGGCAAUAACAGAUUUUCAACUAGCAUUGGUAGAGCAAGUAUUGCAAGAUUUUGUAAAUCAGCCUUUGCCAAUGUUUAUCAAACAACCAGAAAUUAA